CGCUUUCUUCUUGCUGCACAAGUCGAGCUCAAGCGGCAAGUCAGGGGCGAAUCGAUACGAACAGAGCACGCGCACGGCUCUUGCUCCAGACCUUUCCAAUCCCCUAGCCCUUUCCAUCUGGGAGCUAUAUUAAUAUAAUACACCUCUUGUCUUGUUCAUCGCCUCGUGUUCAUAUCCUGGAUUCCUCGUCCGACCGAAGUGACGGCGACGGGUCGCAGGACGAUUCUCCCGUCGCCUUUGUUCUGAUUUUACGCCUGGUUCUUCUGAUUCUUUUCUUGCACAGCUGAAGCAGUUCUUGCACUGAGGUUUCCCUCCCAACUGAUACGUAGUGCUAGGCGCGCCGCGCGGAUGGCGUGGUCUAGGAUCGGGAGGGGCUCCCAGCUGUGUCAGUCCCUGUCGAGGAUCGUCUCCGAGGGCGGCGCGACGCCGGCGCCGUUCGCGCUAAGCAAUGCCACCGCGCUGUCCCGUGGCCAUGGCCAGCACGUGUCGUCGCUCCACAGCCUCGCGUUCACGGGCCUCGCCAACAGGCGCGCGGGCGCCGCCCAUGACGUCCAGCCGCCGAGCAGAGGUAUCAACACGACGGCCCCGAGGCUGCACUCCCCCGCGGCGGUAGCGGUGGAGCCCUCGGACGGCGAGGAUCCCGACGGCGCGGCGCACCUCCAGAUGCCGGGCCUCGGUCCGACGCGGCCCGAGGAUAAGCCCCGCGUGGUGGUGCUCGGCACCGGGUGGGCGGCGUGCCGGCUCCUCAAGGACGUGGACACACGCACCUACGACGUGGUGUGCGUGUCGCCGCGGAACCACAUGGUGUUCACGCCGCUGCUGGCGUCGACCUGCGUCGGCACGCUCGAGUUCCGCUCCGUCGUCGAGCCCGUCAACCGCAUCCAGUCCGCGCUUGCCACCAGCCCGGGCUCCUACUUCUUCCUCGCGACCUGCUCCGGCAUCGACACCCGAAAGCACGAGGUGUACUGUACGGCCGCGUCCAGUGAAGGGCUGCCUAGCGAUCCGUACCACUUCAAGAUUGCAUACGACAAGCUGGUGAUAGCCAGCGGCGCCGAGCCACUGACCUUCAACAUCAAGGGUGUCGAGGAGAACGCCAUCUUCCUCCGCGAGGUGAGCCACGCGCAGGAGAUCCGGCGGAAGCUCCUCACCAACCUCAUGGUCUCCGAGAACCCGGGCUUGUCUGAGGAAGAGAAGAGACGGCUUCUGCACUGCGUGGUGGUCGGUGGAGGCCCCACCGGAGUUGAAUUCAGCGGCGAGCUCAGCGACUUCAUCACGCGCGACGUGCGGGAGAGGUACGCGCACGUCAAGGACUACGUCAGGGUCACGCUCAUCGAGGCAAACGAGAUCUUGUCAUCGUUCGACGUCGGGCUGCGGCAGUACGCGACGAAUCACCUGUCAAAGUACGGAGUCAAGUUGGUGCGAGGCAUAGUGAAGGAGGUGAAGCCAACGGAGAUCAUCCUGACCGACGGCGCCCACGUCCCGUACGGCCUGCUGGUCUGGUCCACGGGCGUCGGCCCGUCGAAGUUCGUCCGGUCCCUGGGCGUCCCCAAGUCCCCCGGCGGGAGGAUCGGCGUGGACGAGUGGCUCCGCGUGCCCUCCGCCCCAGACGUGUUCGCGCUGGGCGAUUGCGCGGGCUUCCUCGAGGGCACAGGGCGGCCGGUGCUCCCGGCGCUGGCGCAGGUCGCGGAGCGGGAGGGCAGGUACCUGGCGCGGCUGCUGGGGAGGGUCGCGGCGCAGAGCGGCGGCAAGGCGCACUGCGCCGGCAAGGCUGAUCUCGGCGAGCCGUUCGUGUACAAGCACAUCGGCAGCAUGGCGUCCGUCGGGCGAUACAAGGCGCUCGUCGACCUGAGGGAGAACAAGGAUGCGAAGGGGGUGUCGAUGGCGGGUUUCGUCAGCUGGCUGAUGUGGCGGUCGGCGUACCUGACGCGGGUGGUGAGCUGGAGAAACAGGUUCUACGUGGCGAUGAACUGGGCAACGACGCUCGUGUUUGGCAGGGACAACACCAGGAUAGGCUGACGAGGUGCAGCUGGCAGUGUUCCUCUGUAUAAUCCACAGGAGCGAUAGACUGGCUGUCAUUUUUAUUCCUGUUUGUUCAUCGAAGUGCUGAAAAUUCUACUGACUUUUACGGCUAUAAGUAUGAACAUUAUUUCUUUA